CUCGCCGAUUGGCUAUCGUUUGUGCAGGUCUCUCUGAUGUGGCUGCGGGUGGAAGAGUGAGUGGACUCGGGGAAGUUGUGUUAGGAAAGUCUGAGGAGGCGUUGCGGCCUGCGAGGCUGUGGAUGGCGGAAAUAUGGACAGCGGCAGAGGAGGAGGGCUGGGCAGCGACACUGGGCUCCUGCAGCAGAUCCUAAGGUUGCGACUGGUGCCUCGGGUUGCGAAUGAGACGAUAUGUCCCAGCACCACCGCUCUAUGCGCCUUCCCGGAGAUGUGGUAUGGCGUGUUCCUAUGGGCGCUGGUCUCUUCCCUUUUCUUUCACAUACCAGCUGGCCUGCUUGCCCUGUUUACCCUCAGACGCCACAAGUACGGAAGGUUUGUUUCGGUGGGAAUCUUUCUGAUGGGCAUAAUCGGACCAAUAUCUGCUGGGAUUUUAACAAGUGCCGCCAUAGCUGGAGUCUACAGAGCAGCCGCCAAGGAAAUGAUUCCCUUUGAAGCUCUCGUGCUAGGUGUGGGCCAGACUUUCUGCGUCCUCAUCGUUUCGUUUUUAAGGAUUUUAGCUACUUUGUAGCCCCGCUAGACAGACCCUGCCUGGAAUUUCACGUUAAGCGUAACCGGAAUUUUUCCCGUACUCAACAGCCAUGGUCAUGAUAUUCUGGAAUGUAGAAGGGCCUUCAGAUCUCCUCAGAACCACACAACAUUCAUCCAGAGAUUGGAUGGAAACCACACAAAACGCAAACUCCACAGCCCAAAAUUCAUUGAAUUGCGUUGCGCAGGCUUCAAGUCCUUAUGCAGCUCUACGGCCGGCUCUCCUUGCAGUUGUCUCCAGGCCUGGAUUAAUGAGCGCCGCUUUACCGCACUUGGAGAUAGAGAUAAAGCAGUAGAUGUGAAAAUACUUCUGUCUCUGGAUCCAAACUCCCAUGGUUUCACAUAUAUUUUAAAGUAUGGAUUAAAAUGUUACUAACCUAGUUGGUAUCUAACAUAUUUUUUUUUUGUGAAAGGAAACGGGCACUUUUAUUCAUUUUAUGCUUUUUUAAAUCUUUUUUUUUUUCUUUUCUUUUAGCUGUUCAACUUGUAAAUGAUUCCGUUCUUUUGCAUCUGACUUUGUAAUGAUAAUACUGGAAAUGCAUUUUUUCUAAUUAUAGAUUGUUGCCUUUGUGUAAGAAUUGCAA